AUGAAAAGUGAAGAUUUACAGAAAUUGGUGACCUUGAAACAUCGAAAUGGUGAUUAUCCUACGAAAAUUUUCCAUGAUUUGAAUGGUGUACUUGGUUUAACAACUAUUAAAAGAUGGUGUAAAAUGAUUGAUGAAGCUGGUUUUAUCAAUCUGACAACACCACCAGGUCCUCCACGUACAGUUCGAACUGCAGGAGCUAUAAAGAAGGUCAAGAAGAAGCUGCAAAAAGGUAAAGUCUCAACUCGAAAACUUGCAUUCGCCCUUGGUAUGUCCCGAAGAAGUGCUCAACGCAUUCUUCAGGAUGAUCUUGGCUGCCAACCAUAUAAACGUUUGAUUGAACCAGCACUUACCGAGGAGCAUAAAGAAAAAAGAAAAAAAUUUGCUAAUUGGAUACGAACAAAUUUUCGAAAGCAGGAAACAUUGAAAAUUCUGUUUUCUGAUGAAAAGAUGUUCGACAUUGAUGGGAUUUACAAUACUCAAAAUGACCGCAUUUGGGCUGCAAGUCGUGAUGAAGCUGGUAAACAAGGUGGUGUUCAUCAGAAGAAAAAAUUUCCUCAGAAAGUCAUGGUAUGGCUUGGUGUAUGUUCAAAAGGUGUAUCUCCAUUGGUGGUCUUCGAGCAAGGUACACUCGAUCAUGAACGAUACAUCAAAGCGGUGCUUCCUGUGGCUCUUAAAUAUGGAAAUCACGUCUUCGGAAAUGACUGGACAUUUCAACAAGACGGUGCUAAACCCCAUAUUCAUCAUUUAACACAACAAUGGUGCCAUGACAAUUUUCCAGGAUUUAUCGAUAAAGAUCAUUGGCCACCCAAUAGUCCUGAUCUAAAUCCAUUGGAUUACUGUAUAUGGGAUGAAUUUCAAAAGGUUAUUGAUUGGAAUAGAGCGACAUCCAAAGCAACACUAAUCCAAGAAUUAAAACGUGCUGUAAAAAAAAUUCGAAAAAAUGUUGUCUUUGAAAGUUGUAAUUCUUGGACCAAUCGAUUGUAUCGCAUGUCUCAAAAUAAUGGAGACUAUUUAAGAUAA